CCAUCCCCCAUCUAGCUAUAGCUAUAUGCCAGCCAGCCAGCCAGCCAUCUGUCUGUCUGUCUGUCUACUAUGAUUGUGUGGCCACCGGCUGCUUGGUGAACUGUGUGGCGAGUAUGUGCAUGAGGUCCUUGAGCAGCGUUGGGUGCCGGUCCAGCUUGCUGAAGCCCUCCGUCUUGGACACAGCACGGUAGUGCUUGGCAGCGAACCGAAGACCUGCACGCCACGGCACGGGAGGGACACGCACAGUCGUCUCUCCCGCUACGCCCCUCUCUCUCUCUCUGUGUGUGUGUACAUUGUUUCUUGAGGGUUUCUGUGCCGUGUAGCGACGCCUCUAUGAGCAGGUGUGCGACGUUCUGCACAGACAACUCCUGCACCAACGCCUCGCCGCAACGCUCACGCAAACCCUGCAGACACAUCGACCCCCACCACCACACACACACAGACGACACACGACACACAGAGAUACAGAGGAAGCGUGUGUCUUGUGUGUGUGUUUUGUGUGUACGUGUAUAUUGAAUCUAUUGGCGGCUUUGAGGAUGUCGACUACGGUGGCGUGGGGGAACGGACUGGCCUCCAACUCCUUGCAACUGACACACAUCACCACACAUCACCACACCAACACAUAUCACUCCAUCCAUCCACCCCCCAUCCCUCUCGCCCUCUCACCUAUCGCAGUAGAUGUAUCUCAGAAGGACUUUGAGGAUGUUCGGGCUGACGUCGCUCACAACCAGCCGCUGCUGCUGCUGGGAAGGCACCUCACCGCCCACACCCACACCAACCUGCCCACCACCACCACCAGCACUGCUAGCAGCAGCAGCUGCUGCUGCUGCAGCAGCCGCUAUGCCCUCAGUUGACGACUGUGAGGUGGAUGCCCGCAGCGCCGACAACAUGUUGCGAAACACCUGACACACACAGACGGACGGACGGACGGACGGACGGACGGAUGGAUGGAUGGACAGGCAGACCUGCCUCUCUGGGUGUGCAUUUGCCCCCACACACAUACCGUCGAUCUGGCGGCGAGAAUGCACCGGUGCGCGGGGAUGUCCUCGUUGUUGCAAACCAACACCACAUCUGCCACACACACAACACACAACACACCGACAGGCGCAAUACAUACCAGCCAUCCCUCCGCACACACACACCCAACUCUCGCUCACCAGAGUGCAUGGUGCUUCCCGUGUCGAUGAGGCUCCCCAAAUCGUUGCCGAGCGCCUUGCCCUGCACGCCGCCGGCCAUGUCGCUACACGCCUUUGCCAGCGCCCUUGGCUCCUCGUGUUCGCUCUGUGGUAUGGUGCGCAUCUCGCAGUAGAUGGUCAUGCGGUCGUUGAACAAGACGUCGUCCAGCUGGUCGGCUGACAGAAACUCAGAGAAGCCACGGUUGGACUCUGCAGAUACAUGGAUGGAUGGAUGGAUGGAUGGGGGACAAGGGAGGAGGGAGUGUGUUGUGUGAUGGGGCUUGCCUUUGCCCUCCUGGUGCGAGAACUUGCGAACGCGGGUCUGCAUCAUGGUCGAGUCAACUGACAAUGCACCCACCACACAGACACACACACAGAGAGAGAGAGAUGCAUGCAUCACCCUAUCUACGCCACCCUCCCUCUCCCUCCCUCCCUCUCUCACUCUCAUUCUGGUCGUUGUCGAGGCAGGCGAAGUGAGCACUGGCGACCACCUCCACCUCCUGCGGCGACACCAAAUGGCAGAACAGGCUCACCGGCCGCUCCUCGUUGUUGGCCGGAGGCGGUGGCUGCCCCCCUGCCCCUCCUAGAUGCAUCAACCAACCAAAACGAAGAUAUCCCCAAUACGAGAGAAGCUUGCUUUGCUUGCCUGCUGCGUUGGCGUCCUGUCGGUCCUCGCCCGCCGGCCACAGACAGAGGCGCCACCGGCCCGUCAUCUGGUCGCUCCCGAAGGGCGGCGAGAACACACGAUUGUCGUCUCCAACUGACACACACAUGACAGACACACGGCAGACAGACAGACAGAGGGACACGUGUAUGUGUGUGUGUAUGUGUGUGGGGGGGGCGUGGGGGAAACGGGGGAGAGGGUACUGACUUUGCUCUGCCAUUGCUCGCGCCCUGAGGAUGCUGCACCGUUGACGUGCGACGAAAAGGGAUGGAUGGAUGGAUGGAUGGAUGGAUGUAGGCACAUAGGCACAAAGGCACAUGGGAUGCACAGACACACAUACUCGUUCGUAUACUCACUCACCUGAAGUUGCGGAUCUCCCAGGUGUACUUGAGAAUGACCUCCUUGGUCUCCGUCACCUGAACGAAAGAACGAACGAACGCACCAACGCACCAACGCCAAGAAUGCAUCCACUCCACGUCACGUACGAAUGCAUGGGGGUGCGCUGCGCGCGUGUGUGUGUUGUCCCGUGCUGUGGGUGUUUAGCUUACGCAGUCGGUGACCUUCCUCUUCUUGACCGGCGGCACCUCCGUACCUACACACCACAAAAGCCAAAGGAUUGUCAUGCCAAAGGAUGGGAUGCCAUGCAUGUGGCCCACCCAGUGGAUGCCUGACCUUGGCCCUGCGGUGUGCCGUUGGGCGUGCCGCCGGCGCUGUUGGUGACGCCCACGCUGCUGAUCUCCAUGGGAGUGCUCAUCCUUCUGUUCUGUGUCUGCUGGAUCUUCCUACGCCUACUGUGCGUGUAGCUGUGCGCUGUUGUUAUUCCCUUCCUCCCAAAUGCUAUCGAUCGAGCCAGCACGCUACACGGACAGGCACACAGCGCGCCGCUGACACACGCACUCACUUACCCUCC